GGUGGCGUGAGCAAGGGAGCUGGGGCGCUGGGGCGCACGGGCCCGGGGGACCAGGGUCUGGCUCUCUCCCGAGCAAUGCUGAGCAGGCUCUGGACGCCUCUCCGUGCACACCCUAGACCUGGGGAGGGGAGCUCUCCGGACACCCCAGCUGGCCGCCCCUCGGGCCCUGAGUCCGAAGCCCCGCUAAACCGGGCCCGGGCACUGAAGUACCCUAUUGUUCUCAUCCCCUCUCCCGGGACCCCGCACCCUCCUCCGUCUAGGCUGAGGUUCCCAGAUUUGUGUCUUGGCCCCUAGCGGCGCCGAGAUUACUUUGUGAUUGGAAGACUGAAAAGAACAGGCAAGACUUAAACUCGUCCACUCCAACCGGUAUUUACCGAGGCCUCACGGUGGGUCAGGUGGUAUACGGUGGGUAAUUAGUAGCCUAUCACGUGGUUUCUGUAAAAUGCUUGGUAGCACGUAAAACGCUUUCAGGUCGGCGUCUCGUUUCAUCCUCACAACAGCCAGAUGAGGAAACUGAGGCACGGAGAGAUAAGUAACUUGCCCGAGGACAUAUGGCUAGUAAGGAGCAGAGCCUAGGCAGUUUGCUCCUGAUUCUAUGCUCCUAACCACCAAGCUUCGCUUUCUCCUUGAGAAAGGACUACAAAGGAAGUGGAGGAAAUACCUGACCCAAACAGGACUUAGAUUCUUCCUACUGAGAAUCUGAAACUUAAUUGGGAACACCCAAAGACAGAAGGAACUAACCUAAUGACAACUUCCAGAAAGAAGGCCGAAGAUCUCCAGCCCCUAGGAUUUAGGCUCUCAACAAAGCUGACUCAGGGUCACCUCUGAAAUGAGUGUGAAGGAAGAAUGGGAGGUUUGAGGAGCAAGGAAAGCAAACACAUUUUGAGUUUCUCAGCUGAGCCAAAGGAAAUCAAGAAAUCUCCUGGAAUCAAGGAAAUCAAGGAAUCAAUUACUUACACCAAGCUGAGCAAGAGACAACAUGAAGGCAGAGGUAGCAGUAAUCACACAGGAUUUCCAAGGGUCUCACUCUGUGGCACAAUGAUCAUGGUUCACUGCAGCCUCGGCCUUCUGAGCUCAAGUGAUCCUCCCGCCUCCGCCUCCUGAGUAGCUGGGACUACAGAUGUGCGACACAGCACCUGGCAAAUUUUUAAGUAUUUUCUUCAGACUGAAACAUCAUUGUGUUAAAGAUAAAAAAGAAAAAAAUAUUCUUGUAGAGAUAGGAUCUCACUGUUGUCCAGAUUGGUCUCAAAUUUUUGAGCUCAAGCCAUCCUCCUGCCUUGGCCUCCCAAAGUGCUGGCAUUACAGGGUGAAAAAAACUAAUCGGCAGAAUGAAACUUUGUAAACAGCCUGUGGCUCCAAAAGCUUCUGGAAGGCUCAAGCUACCCAUGUGCAUCUUUGAGCCUCAGUUUCCCCAUCUUUAAAAUGAGGGGUUUGGAAUAGAUGUCUGUUCUCUGGGGCAGGAUGCAGAGGAAAGAGCUGUCUGCGAAUGGGCGAGAGAGAAGAACGUGUUACGAGUCAGUUUUUAGUGAAAAAACAUCGAGCUAGGAGCCAAGACCCAUCUCUUCACUAUUUUGGUAUUGUGCAAGUCAUCUUACCUCUCUGGAUCUCAGUUGUCUCAUCUGUAAAAAGGAGAUAAAAAUUAUUUACCUGCCUGAAUGUCCGUAUCUCUCUUAUGAAAGAAGAGGGUGAUAAAGGAAAGGAGAAGGCCAUUCUUACUGACCUGAUAGUGGAAGAAAAGUAGAUGAGGUGGAGGACCAUCCUGCUACAGUAUUGCUUUCUCUUGAUUACAUGUUUACUUACUGCUCUUGAAGCUGUGCCUAUUGACAUAGACAAGACAAAAGUACAAAAUAUUCACCCUGUGGAAAGUGCGAAGAUAGAACCACCAGAUACUGGACUUUAUUAUGAUGAAUAUCUCAAGCAAGUGAUUGAUGUGCUGGAAACAGAUAAACACUUCAGAGAAAAGCUCCAGAAAGCAGACAUAGAGGAAAUAAAGAGUGGGAGGCUAAGCAAAGAACUGGAUUUAGUAAGUCACCAUGUGAGGACAAAACUUGAUGAACUGAAAAGGCAAGAAGUAGGAAGGUUAAGAAUGUUAAUUAAAGCUAAGUUGGAUUCCCUUCAAGAUAUAGGCAUGGACCACCAAGCUCUUCUAAAACAAUUUGAUCACCUAAACCACCUGAAUCCUGACAAGUUUGAAUCCACAGAUUUAGAUAUGCUAAUCAAAGCGGCAACAAGUGAUCUGGAACACUAUGACAAGACUCGACAUGAAGAAUUUAAAAAAUAUGAAAUGAUGAAGGAACAUGAAAGGAGAGAAUAUUUAAAAACAUUGAAUGAAGAAAAGAGAAAAGAAGAAGAGUCUAAAUUUGAAGAAAUGAAGAAAAAGCAUGAAAAUCACCCUAAAGUUAAUCACCCAGGAAGCAAAGAUCAACUAAAAGAGGUAUGGGAAGAGACUGAUGGAUUGGAUCCUAACGACUUUGACCCCAAGACAUUUUUCAAAUUACAUGAUGUCAAUAGUGAUGGAUUCCUGGAUGAACAAGAAUUAGAAGCCCUAUUUACUAAAGAGUUGGAGAAAGUAUAUGACCCUAAAAAUGAAGAGGAUGAUAUGGUAGAAAUGGAAGAAGAAAGGCUUAGAAUGAGGGAACAUGUAAUGAAUGAGGUUGAUACUAACAAAGACAGAUUGGUGACUCUGGAGGAGUUUUUGAAAGCCACAGAAAAAAAAGAAUUCUUGGAGCCAGAUAGCUGGGAGACAUUAGAUCAGCAACAGUUCUUCACAGAGGAAGAACUAAAAGAAUAUGAAAAUAUUAUUGCUUUACAAGAAAAUGAACUUAAGAAGAAGGCAGAUGAGCUUCAGAAACAAAAAGAAGAGCUACAACGUCAGCAUGAUCAACUGGAGGCUCAGAAGCUGGAAUAUCAUCAGGUCAUACAGCAGAUGGAACAAAAAAAAUUACAACAAGGAAUUCCUCCAUCAGGGCCAGCUGGAGAAUUGAAGUUUGAGCCACACAUUUAAAGUCUGAAGUCCACCAGAACUUGGAAGAAAGCUGUUAACUCAACAUCUAUUUCAUCUUUUUAGCUCCCUUCCUUUUUCUCUGCUCAAUAAAUAUUUUAAAAGCA